AUGGUGUGGCUCUUCCCCUCCCCACAGGCUCCGUCCAGGAGGCGGCAGGGACGAUAGCCAGGGGGUCUCAGCACGGCUCACCCACGGGCUGGGAGGAGCAGAGAGCGGCACAACAGCCCCUGAAGCACGACCCAACCCCGUCCACCGUGUAUGAGGCUGGGACGCAGUACGCAGGACCCGCGUCCACAGAGACACUCCUUCCGAUGUCCCGGCAUGAGACUUCUCCGACAACGGUGCAACCCGCCAGCAACCACCGCCCCAACGCCUGCUGCUUCUGCUGGUGCUGCUGCUGCAGCUGCUCAUGGAACGAGGACCGGGAGCGAGCAUGGAGAGCAUCCCGGGAGACCAAACUGGAGACCAUCCCAAACUGUGAAGCGUGCGCCAAACCCACGCCAGAGGAGGUGCAGGGCUGGGCACAGUCCUUCGACAAGCUGAUGAAGAGCCCAGCGGGGCGCAACGUCUUCCGGGAGUUUUUGCGGACUGAGUACAGCGAGGAGAACAUGCUCUUCUGGCUGGCGUGUGAGGAGCUCAAAACCGAGUGCAACAAGCACCCCAUCGACGAGAAGGCCAGGAUGAUCUACGAGGAUUACAUCUCCAUCCUCUCUCCCAAGGAG